AGGAGGGGCAGGGGAGAGGUCUGUGCUGCUGCUCCUGCUCCUGCCGCUGGCUCCAAUAAACCAACACACAGGGACUGAGGCUGCCUGUCAGUGAAACUGUGAAACAGCCAAAUAAAACACGAAAAACACGCGCUUGGAUUAAAACUAUCACUUGUUGACGGACCGCCAGUUGGAUUUAGCAGCUCACGGAGCACCAGGGCGGCUCGGGUGGAUCAGGGUAAAGGUAUCAUGGCUGCCCCGUUUACCGAGCUACCCUCCUAGACUUCCUUGACAUAAACAGGCGUACCUGAACACCCCUGAAAUCCACACAAACACACACACACUUUCAAACUUUGGUGUGUGUUUGUGUGUGAGGGAGGAAUGACAACCUCCCAUUUGAACGGCCAUGUUGCUGGGGAGGGAGGAGGAGGAGGAGAUGAAGAGCUGAGAGGAGGCCAGCAGCACCGGGAAAUGGCCGUCGACUGUCCGGGAGAGUUAGGCGGUCGCAUGAUACCGCUCCGGAGAUCGGCACAGUUAGAGAGGAUACGACAACACCAGGAGGACUUACGGCGUAGAAGAGAUGAGGAAGAUCGUCAGCUGGACCUGAACGCCUCCCUCAGACUCAGGAAGCUCUCCCAGAAUCCCCACAUCGGCAUCGACAACCCGACAUUCCUCGAAGAUGCGUACAUAUCACAGCAGCCAUCACUCGGCAGCCAGCACUCACUGCUAGAGUUGGAGGAAUUAUUGCUGUCACUGAAGCAGGUCCGGGGCUGCCUGUCUGACCAGCAGAGUCAGAAUGACAUAGAGCUGGUUCUUGCACUAUUAAACAAGUCUGACUUCCAGUCAGCGCUGAAGAUUCAUAAUGCUGUGGCCACCAGCAUGCACCGACCCUCUCCUCCAUACCCUCACACACAACAGGCACUUCAGCUGGCCAUGGAGGUCAGAACUCUCAUCCAGUCAAGUCAGAACAAAGAGGGACUUGAACUCCACAGCCUGCUGACAGACACACACCUCCAGUCGUUGCUGUCGGCCCAUGACAGUAUAGCAGAGAUUGAAAUGCAGCCCGAACCACUGCCUGUAGAAGGAGAGACGUUGACCCAGUGGGGAGGAGAGACUGUCAAGAUAGUUCGCAUAGAGAAGGCUCAGGAUGUACCACUGGGAGCAACUGUGCGUAAUGAAAUGGACAGUGUCGUCAUCAGUCGUAUUGUCCGAGGUGGAGCAGCUGAACGAAGUGGACUCUUGUCGGAGGGAGAUGAAAUUUUGGAGAUAAAUGGCAUCGAGAUUAGAGGGAAAGAUGUCAACCAAGUCUUUGACAUUCUUGCGGACAUGCAUGGCCUCCUGACCUUUGUGCUGAUUCCCAGCAAUCAGAACAAAUCUUCCGUCAAAGAGUCUGUGGUCCAUGUGAAGGCACACUUUGACUACGACCCCUCAGAUGACCCCUAUGUGCCGUGCAGAGAGCUGGGUCUGUCCUUCCAGAAGGGAGAUAUUCUCCACAUUAUCAGCCAGGCAGAUCCCAACUGGUGGCAGGCUUUCAGGGACGGAGAUGAAGAUAACCAGCCACUAGCUGGACUGGUACCAGGCAAGAGUUUUCAACAGCAGAGAGAAGCAAUGAAACAGACCAUAGAAGAAGACAAGGAGCCUGAGAAGCCUGGGAAGCUGUGGUGUGCAAAGAAGAACAAGAGGAAGAGAAAGAAGCUGCUAUACAACACUCACAGGAAUGACGAUUUUGAUAAUGAGGAGAUUCUCACCUAUGAGGAAAUGGCCCUGUACCACCAGCCAGCCAAUAGGAAGCGGCCUAUCGCACUGAUUGGUCCGAGCAACUGUGGACAGGGAGAACUCAGGCAGAGGCUGCUCAACAACCAACCGGAGCGCUUCGCUGGGGCUGUACCUCACACCACGCGUAGCCGUCGUGACGGUGAGCUGAGCGGUCGAGACUAUCACUUUGUGUCUCGUCAGACCUUUGAGGCCGAACUGGCAGCUGGAAAGCUGAUUGAAUCUGGCGACUUUGAGAAGAACCUUUACGGGACCAGUACAGACUCAGUGAGGCAGGUCAUCAACACUGGAAAAAUCUGUGUGCUCUGUCUGCACACACAGGCUCUCAAAGUGCUGAGGAGUUCAGAUUUGAAGCCUUACAUCAUCUUCAUAGCUCCACCCUCCCAGGAAAGACUCCGAGCCAUGUUGGCUAAAGAGAACAAGAACCCCAAGCCGGAGGAGCUGCGGGACAUCAUAGAGAAAGCCCGGGAGAUGGAGCAGAGCUGCGGUCACAUGUUUGACUCGGUCAUCGUCAACAUGGACCAGGACAAAGCCUACAAUGAGCUGCUACGACUCAUCAACAAACUGGACACUGAACCUCAGUGGGUGCCCUGCUCCUGGCUGCGUUGAACACACACACACACACACACACACACACACAGAGCCCAAGGAGCCCAUUUCUACACAUUUAACAAACUGGACCCUGAAUUACUAGUGUGAUUUUAACAGUGUGCUGUUAUAUAUAUAACAUGAUAUUAGGGCUGAUGUUCGGAAAAACCUGCUGAGAUUUUGAGAAUAAAGUUGAACUUACUAUUGCUAUUAUUAUAUAAUUAUUAUUACUAUUAUUGGAAUUUAGUUCAAUUAAUUUUACAUGAAAACGUCAUUGCAUUCCAGUAUUGUUGUUGUAAUAUUACAAGUAUAUUAUGAGAAUAUUAGGUGUCAUAAUACAAAAAAUGUAAUUUUACAAGACUAGUCAUUAUAAUCUGAGAUAAGACAUGAGGUUAUUUAUUGAAUGCAGGGGCAUUAAAAUAGAUAAUUCCCAGGGGCCCCAAGCAAAGACCUGCACUAAAGUCCAGAUAUUUUCCUAAAAUUGUCCAGAGGGACUGACUGCACAUGAGAAAGCAAACGCCUGCCAGCAUCUUAGUCCAAUGGAUAUUUACAGCAUUUUAAUGUCUGACUAUCUUCUACUGUUAUGAAUAUGUCUGUGGGUUGAAAACCAUUUUCCGACAUCAACUCCAGAGAGUGUCGGGAUCCAGUUUUCCAGACGUUUUCAACGGAAACUAUAAUUUUUAAGAGAACCCACACCUUUAUAUUAUAUGCUAAUAACAGGGCAUUUGAUAACUAUAUUCUAACCAUAACUUACCAGAAGCCUUUCUUGGUAAUGUUAUAGCUACAUUUCUAAACUUAAUACUACAACUGUAAUUAUGACAUGCAACAGGCAACUUUCAUUACUGUUAGUUGUUCAAUGUUGUAAAAAUGACACUCAGUACUUUUCCUCUGAGCUGGUGUUGUGUCAUAAAAAGCCUCCUUUUGUUUUGCUUACAGCAGUGCUGGUGUUUUUAAUGCAGGGGAGCAAAUUAUGGCACAACACCGGCUCUGAGGGUGUUCUCAACACCACUGUGGAGAUAGUGAAGGAGAAGAUGUAUAUGUGCACUGUGGAGGUAAACAUUUGUUCUCGCAGGGUUAUUAUACUGAAAAGCUGCCGUAAUGAUGUGCACUGCAUCAUAAUAACGUAGCUGGAGUAACUAACAUCCAAGAAUAGUUGGGGUUUUCUUUAUGACAAAGCAGCAGGAGAAAAACGAAACUAAGCUUAUCGUGGAUGAAUAUAAACAUAGAUGAUGUCACCAAAAGAUAUCUAUUUCAGCUUAAAACAACAAAUGGCCACUUUAUUUUGCAGUUUUAGGACAUUUACUUUGGAAAUUAGUCAUGUAACUAAAACAUAAUUGUGUUUUUACUUUCAAAGUAACUUUUUUUUUGGUUAUAUUUUUAAGAAAUUUGCAACUUCGUUCCUGUAAGAUUCUUUUCUCAUGGAAUUACUUGUAAUUCCAACUCAUUUUAACAGUUUUUCCUCAACAUUGGCCCUAAUACUUGUACUGUUAAGAAUUUACACUCUACAGUCAUUCAACAUCAAUGAGAAUAUAUCGACCUGUUGGCACUGGUUUAUAUAGAAUGUAAAGAAGUUGUUAUUGAUUGUCCUGAAAGGGAAAAAUAUUUCAGUUAUACUGAUCUUGGAUGGUGCCUGAUUUUUCACUCGUGACUUUGUUAUGGUUCAGAUUUCUGUCGUCGCCAUCGCAGUUUUUGUGUCUUUCAAAUUCUUUUAACAGUCGCUGUUUUACCUCACCUGUUUGUUUUUUUUGUUUUUUUAAAUACAUCCUUUGACUUUAUCCUGUGAUCAUUUAAAUUAUGUUAGAUUAUGAUUCUUAGUACAGAUGAUUGUUGUAAACCUCUUUGGUUCAGGCCAUGAAAUGUGCACAGUCACAGCUGGAAAACAAAAAUCCCCCCACCACACACAGUAGCUGACAUCUAAUUUAAAUUAACUUUUUUGAGCCACUACAUUUAAUACAACGUAGAACACACACACAAACACACACAUCCUGUAUGAACACACCACAGCAGUUCAUUAAUCUGCUGACCUCUUGUACGCGGCCUGGAACUGCAGCCUUCUGGACGCUGACUAACUAACUGACUGACCUGUCGCUGGUGGAAACACACUAUCGUAAUAAACACUAAAUUAACA